GUUUGAGAAUGAAUGAUAUGCUGCUCGACUCGUACAGGCGGCGGGCUGGUGUGGCUAUUGUGUGCUAAGCGGAGAGCAGUUUCUACGGAUUAGACACAAUUUCAGGGAACAUCUGAAAUAAAAACCGGGGGAAAAAUAUUUAUUUUCCCGAAAUGCAAUUGACCGCGUGCGAGCCCACUGCCACGUCUGAAGCCGCGGUGAUGGAGCCUCCCCGAGCAGGCGGCCCGCUGGAGUCCUCCUCUGGCGCACGAGAUAGAAAAGCCUCCCUGGAGGACGGCACUGUGGACACGGCCAACGAGUCUUCGGGGGAAGAGUCCACGGGGGAAAGAGAAGGGGAGAUCUGUGCACACGUUGAAGUCGCCAGCGACACCGAAGCUACGGAGGUCCCUGCCGAUCAGACCUCAAGCACGCAAACCGUGAACGCCAAGCGACCAAACUCCCUCCCGGUGGCAGCGGCUGAAGGGCUCGGCCUGUGCACGUCACAGGGUGACGCAGAGGUGACGCUGAGGAUGGGCGACUCUGGCUUGGCUGCCGAGACCCCUCUGACCGUCAACCAGAUGUUCGUCUCAGCUGUGGAGCGCUUUGGCGACUACACGGCUCUGAGCUGGAAGGAGGGCGAGCAGCAGAAGAGCCUGAGCUACAGAGAAUAUUACAAGAGCUGCCGCACAGCUGCCAAGAGCUUUCUUAAGCUUGGUUUGCAGCGCUACCAUGGCGUCGGCAUCCUGGGCUUCAACUCGGCUGAGUGGUUCAUCUCUGACAUUGGUGCUAUUUUGGCCGGCGGGUUCGCUGUUGGCAUCUACACCACCAACUCCCCUGAGGCCUGCCAGUACGUAGCCGACAACAGCAAGGCCAACAUCAUCGUGGUGGAGAAUCACAAACAGCUGCAGAAAAUCCUUCAGGUUGAAGACAAGCUGCCACACCUGAAAGCCAUCGUCCAGUACAAAGAUGAACUCAAAGAGAAAAGACCAAAUCUGUACUCCUGGGCGGAGUUCAUGGAGCUCGGACGCGACGAGGCCGACGCCCCCCUCGAUGCGAUCGUCUCCAGCCAGAAGCCCAACCAGUGCUGCACGCUCAUCUACACCUCAGGGACCACCGGCCAGCCCAAAGGAGUCAUGCUCAGCCACGACAAUAUAACAUGGACCGCGCUCUCCACUGGCCGCCACGUCAGUCUGACGGACGCCACUCGCGCUCAGGAGGUUGUGGUCAGCUACCUGCCGCUCAGCCACAUCGCUGCUCAGAUGGUCGACAUCUGGGUCACCAUGAGGGUCGGAGGGGCGACGCACUUUGCCCAGCCGGAUGCGCUGAAGGGCUCGCUGGUAACCACUUUGAAGGAAGUACGUCCCACGGCCUUCAUGGGCGUCCCACGUGUCUGGGAGAAGAUGCAGGAGAAGAUGAAGUCGGUCGGGGCCAAGUCUUCAACUGUUCGCAGGAAACUGGCCGCCUGGGCCAAAGAUGUUGGCCUGCAGACCAAUUUGACCAAAAUGAAUCAAAGCGAAGCAGCUGGCCGCACGCCGUUCAGCUACAAAAUAGCCAAACAGCUUGUGUUCAAAAAGGUGCGUAAGGCUCUGGGCCUGGACCGCUGCAGCAGGUGCUACACUGGUGCCGCUCCCAUAACCAACGACACCCUGGAGUUCUUCCUCAGCCUAGAUAUCCCUCUGUACGAGCUGUACGGCAUGAGCGAGAGCACCGGACCUCACACAAUCUCCGUCGCCGAGGCCUUCAAGAUCGCCAGUUGCGGUAAAGAGAUCCCAGGGUGCAAGACGAAGCUGCACAACCAGGACAGCGAGGGGAUCGGGGAGAUCUGCUUCUGGGGCCGUCACGUCUUCAUGGGUUACCUCAACAUGCCCGACAAGACGGAGGAGGCUCUCGAUGCAGAGGGUUGGCUGCACUCCGGGGACCUGGGCAAACAUGACGACAACGGAUUCCUCUACAUCACCGGAAGAAUUAAAGAGCUGAUCAUCACAGCAGGAGGAGAGAACAUCCCUCCUGUUCCUAUCGAAGAUGCUGUGAAGAAGGCUGUGCCGCUGAUUAGUAAUGCCAUGCUGAUCGGAGACAAGAGGAAGUUCCUUUCUAUGCUGCUCACCAUCAAGUGCCAGCUAAACGUGGAGUCGGGAGACCCAGAGGACGAACUGACGCCGGAAGCCGUCGAGCUCUGCAGGAAGUUGGGCAGCAACGCCACACGAGUCUCUGAGAUCGCGGGCGGCCAGGACAAAGCGAUCCACGCCGCCAUCCAGGAGGGAAUCAACACCGUCAACAAGGGGGCGAGCUCCAACGCGCAGCGCAUUCAGAAGUGGAUCAUUCUGGAUCGGGAUUUCUCCCUUAACGGAGGAGAGCUGGGCCCCACCAUGAAGCUGAAGAGGCCCGUGGUUCUGAAGAUGUACAAAGAGCAGAUCGAGAACUUUUAUAAGGAGCUGGCGACUCCAACGUCCCCCGACUUUCCGCUGCCUGCCAAAUGACGCUGCAGACGCCACUCACCUCAUUAAUCCAGCCAUUUUGCUUUUGUAAAAAUGUUUUGAUUGCCUUAAAGUUUUGUCGUUCUGUCUCGGUUUACAUUUGCCGGUGUACAACGGUUUGCGUUACUGGGAUGAACAGUGAUAUCCGAUACAUGAAGUAGCAGCAGCUGUUGGUAAUAAAUGUCGUGGGGUUUAUUUUGCUGUAUUUCUUGAGGUAAGAGACAGAAUCCAAAAAGUUUGUAGAAUGUAGAAGAUUGUUUUGCUUAUUCAACGUGUUUUUCUUAAUUUAUUUUUGGUUUACCAAAGUUUACAUGGGCUAAAAGAGCUUCAAACGAAGAACGUUUCUCAAAAUGACUCCAUUUGUAAUUUAACAAUCAUAUGCAAAUGUUUUCUGGCAUUUUACAUGUAUUUGGUGUUGUCGUUUUCUCGUCUUUGUCAGCUGGGUUUCAAAGAAACUAAUUAUUUUUCUACAUGUUUUCAAAGACAAAGUCAAUGUUUUCUCCAGAGGUAGUUGCAGUUACAGAGGUAUAGAUGUCCAUCUCAUAACGUACCAUCCACGUUUUGUUUUUCAUGCUGUGAACAUUGAAGCCAUAUCUAUUGCCUUUUGGAAGCGGAAAGUCAGUCUGUGUUGUUCUGAUUGAAUGCACACAUUCCUCAACUGCCUGGUUCUGUUGAAAUGUUUUACAACAGUCUUAUGUGAAGCCUUUAUGUGCUUUUUGUGUAUUGUAUUGUAAUAUUGUAAAUAUCUUUUGCCUACACCAUAAUGUUUCUUUUUUUAGAUUUUCUUUUUUCCAUUUUAUUCAGCAUCGCUAGAAAUCGCAUCCGGAAUCAUUUGCAGUCAAACAAAGAAUCAAAUACUUAUUUGUAAUGUACAAAAGUUAUAUAUAGCUUCAAUGGCAAGUAUAUAAACCGGUCUGUUGCCAUCCCUUGUGCAAAUAAAUGUACAUGUAUUGAGGUUUUGAUCCAUAGACUACAUGUCUUUACGCUUGAAGGCAUUUCUCCCCCUUUCAAACUUUUUCUUUGAAGAUGUAAGUGAAAGAAUUUAUAGUCCAAAAAGCUGAUCUUGUAUAUGAAGUAAUUGUGUAUAUAAUAAGCCUAUCUUCGGUAUUUGUUGUACUCUUGGUAGUUCACAGUGAAGGCGGGUUUGGCUGUUAUGGUUUGCUCAAAGUAACUGAUACUCAGGGUUUACAAGACAGACAUUUUUCCAUGUGUGUGUGUGAAGUUACAUAAGGAAUGAAGGUGAUCCAGCGUCGGGAUUUACCUGAUCUGAAAGAACUACUGUUGAGAAUAUCAGGGUUGAAAUAUGGAGAUAUGCAUGACGGAGAAAAAGAAUGCAUGCAUGUUUCUGCCUACAGACAUGUGAAUGUUGGGUGUUUGAUCAGUCGCGGAUUAAAAGUUGAAUACCCUGAUGUGCUGAA